AAAAGGGUGCAGAUUGGCGGCGAAUUGACUGUCGAUGAGCGCAACCUCCUGUCCGUUGCCUACAAGAACGUGGUCGGCACACGACGUGCCUCAUGGCGCAUCAUCUCGUCCAUCGAGCAGAAGGAGGAGUCCAAGGGCUCGGAGAAGCACGUUGCCACCAUCCGCGAAUACCGACAGAAGAUUGAGGCCGAGCUCGAGAAGGUCUGCCAGGAUGUCCUCAGCGUCCUCGACGAGUCCCUCAUCCCCAAGGCCGAAUCUGGCGAGUCCAAGGUCUUCUACCACAAGAUGAAGGGCGAUUACCACCGCUAUCUCGCCGAGUUCGCAUCCGGUGAGAAGCGCAAGGUCGCUGCCACUGCCGCACACGAGGCGUACAAGACCGCAACCGAUGUUGCCCAGACUGAGCUUACUCCCACUCACCCGAUCCGUCUCGGUCUUGCCCUGAACUUCUCCGUGUUCUACUAUGAGAUCCUGAACUCGCCGGAUCGCGCCUGCCACCUCGCCAAGCAGGCGUUCGACGACGCCAUUGCUGAGCUCGAUUCGCUCUCCGAGGAGUCGUACAGGGAUAGCACGCUCAUCAUGCAGCUUCUCCGUGACAACCUCACGCUCUGGACGUCGUCGGACAGCGGCGAGGCCGAGCCCGCGCCUGAGGCCCCCAAGGAGGAGCCCAAGGCCCCCGAAGCCGCUGCCGAGAAGCCCGCUGAGGCUGCUGAGGGCCAAAAUCCGGCUCCUGCCGCCGCUUAGACGUGCGUCCUCUCUAUCGACCGAAUGUUCCCUUCUCAGCCACCACAUCUAUUCCCAAUAGAAGAGGGGGGUUGCGUUGGCAGCGAGUGUCUUUCGGAGUUGCGUGUGUGUCUAUGUGUUUUCGAAAAUUGGCUUUAGCGGCUCGGAUCUU